AUGUGGUUGCAGCAGUACAGCGACGCACUACAACGGAUUCACCAACGUCCAGAGCUGGUGCGCGAAAGUGAGGCCUUCCGCUUCGGAACAGGAAAGGUGCACCACUCGUCCUUCCACGUGGUGCUCUGUUUCAAGAUGGGCCAGCACGUGGUGGAGAUGCGGACCUCCAUCAUCAACGGCGACGUGCCCCUCUUGAUGUCGAAGCAGGCGCUGGCGCAGCUCGGGAUGAUAUACGAUGUUGCAGAAAACCGAGCAGACUUUACUCGUGUUGGGAUCCACGGAUUCGAUCUUGUCACGACCUCGUCGGGACAUCCAGCGAUUCCCAUCGUGCCGGCAAAGCCGGAGCAUGGCCACGACAUGGCAUGCAAGCCCCCGGCGAUCUCGAAGAUGUCCAAGACCGAGCUCCUCUCGGAAGCGAACCGGUUGGGCCUGGUGGUACACAGAUCGUGGACGGUGGAGGAAAUCAAGGCCACCAUCAUGGAGCAUCGCAUGAACGACCCGGCGUACCAGCAGGCCGCCACGAUGAAGUCGAUCACCAACCUCACGCUCGCCGAGCUCAAGGCCAAGGCGGACACCCUGGGCGUGGUGUACCCGACGAAGAUCACGAAGGGCAACUUACUGCGCCUCAUCAGGGAUUUCGUCUCGACGCCCGGGACAGAGCUGAUGAAGAUCGGGAGAUACAAGGGCUUCGAGUUCCAGGAGAUCCCCCGUCAAUACGGAAUGUGGGCGGCCCGGGAGAUAAGGAUGUCUUCGAACCCGCACCCGGAACUCGUGCGCUACGCGAAGUGGUGGGAGGAGUACGAGUACCAGAUCCACUACGGCGACGGGAACACCCUGGAGGCCAACGCGACGGUGCCCUACUCGGAGGACGCGACCCAAUGGUCAGUUUCAUCCGCAAACGAGGGAUGGGAGAAGGUCACGGACAAGAGCCGGAACCACACCGCCAAGGACCUCCCGAUCGACCCCAGGGCCAACAAGAGAGGCGCCUCCAGUUCCGGGUACGACCCCGAAGUGAUGCGCUCAAUGGAGACCGAGAUGGACCCGGCUACCCUGGAGGAGAUCAUCGCCCUGGAAACCAGGCUGGCGGCGUUGAAGCAGAAGGCGAAGGCUGCACCAGGGCCAACCAAGGGCGACCAGCUUCGGAGUAAGACCUUCGGACAAGCAAAGGGGUGCUGUGGAUAUGCUCCGGAUGACGACUCCAACCAUGCCUACAUCACCAACGAGGAGUUCGAGAUCGCCGCGAAGCAGUCCUUCACGAACUACAAAUGCGCUCCCGUGAGCCCUUGCGCCGAGGACGGUUUCUCCAUUGCCUACAAGAACGGUGACUAUGACUACAAGACCCUACAGAUCCUCCUCAACACCCUGAACUACAAACCCGUGAAGGCCACAAGAGAUCGGGUGUUUGGUGGGAAAACCGGGGACUAUGUCAACUACUUCACCUACGGGAUGUUCACGCAUGGAGGUGUCGUGGGCACCACGACCAAAACACGAGAAUGCGACAACGUGGCCCGGUUUCUUAAUGGCUUUGGACGACACCAUCUUGGGCCCAAAGCGACAUGGUCUUCGAUCUCAGUGUCUCUUGACACAGCGACUGAGCUGCACCACGACUUCCACAACUGCUACGGCACGAGCAACUACACGAUCAGUGUUGGACAACGAAGCGGUGGUGGGCUCUGGAUCGAGGAUAAGAAUCUAGAGGAGGAUGCCCCCAAGGACGGCAUCAAAUGGCGCAAAACCAGGAACGGGCACUGGCUACCCGGACGCGUCCACUCCACCAAGAACAACUUCGUCGAGUUCGACCCCUUUCUCAAGCACGCCGCGGAGCCGUGGGAGGGGACCAGAUGGACGUUAACCUACCACACGACCCGCAACAUCUACAAGGCCGGCGACGAGAUGAGGAAGUUCCUUAAAGGAGUUGGUUUCCCUUUGCCUCAAAAGGGAACCCAUGGCACAAGGCCAAGUGGAGUCAGCAAGAAGCCCAAGAUGAGUACGCGACGGUGCAUUUUUAACAAUGCGGCGAAGAUCGGGGUGAUGAUGGCCACACUCAUAUCCGCAGCGGGCAGCUACAUGACCGAGCACGUCUUACCGGAGUCCCACCCGGACCCCGUCGUCCUCUUUGAGAUCGGAGGAACGGAAGCAACGCACGAGGCAGCGAUGCUCGGAAAGGAUGUUUUCGAACCGAUGUCAUGGGAGCGCUACAGGUCGCCGGAAGGAAAGGACAAUGCGUACCACAUCGUGCACGGCGGCAGUCCCAAAGAGCUUUGGAUCAAUCUAGAUGGCCGCCCCAAGCAAUGCAAAGACGGCAUCCUUGAGUUGAUCAAACAACAAGUCGAGGAUGGUGGAACAGUUGUGGCAGCCGGUCCCGCCGAGGAUGACGUUUUCCACGCCUUUAACGCGGACCCCGACUUCGAGAAGGCCCUCAAGUACUACAACGAGACGAAUGGCCGGGUUUUCACCGUGAUCUUCCGCGAUAAGAAAGAAGCCAAAGCUGUGACUUGCAACGACAGAGUGCACGAGGUCAAGAUGGUCGCAGCAGAUUCCGGUGAUGCCGACAAGGAACAACCGCUCGCCAUGGGAGCGUCAGGGAUCACGUUCGGGGAGCACACCCCCGGUGUGGUCGCCACAGCUUUAAGAAGACUACAUCAGAACCUCGGGCAUCCUCGCCAGGAGGAUCUGGUGAGGCACCUCAGGCUGGCAGGAUGCGAUUCGGCUAUCCUUAAAGCCGCCCGCUCGAUGAAGUGCCAGGUCUGCGACGCCAAUGCCGCUCCGAAGAUCGCAAGGCCGAGUACGAUCCCGCCCAUGGUGGACUUCAAUGACACACUGGGGCUGGACCUGUUCUUCUGUCACGACAUCGACGACGUCAAGCACGCCUUCCUUUCUGUCGUCGACUAUGGCACCUCGUACCACCUGGCAACUCGGGUGGACGGCCAGUCAGCCGAGGACAUCGAGGCGAAGUUCAACGAAAUGUGGCUUCUGCCUUUUGGACCACCAAAGGCGGUGGUUAUCGAUCUGGAGGGCGGACUACAAGCCGCUCUCGGGAGGAUGUGCGAUUGGCAUGGCAUAGCAGUGCGCAGUGUGGCGACUCAGAGUCACUGGCAGGCUGGGGUCGUCGAGAGACAACAGGCUUGGUGGAAGCACGUCUGGGACAAGGUGAGCUAUCAGCUGAGCAUCGGAAACGACGAGGUCGACGCCGCGGUCCCGGUGAUCAAUGCCGCAAAGAACGACCUACGACGGCGCUGUGGGUACAGUCCUUCGCAAUGGGUCUUCGGAAAGGCACCCAGGGUCCCUGAGGACCUACAAGACCCCGAUGGUGGCAGUCACGUCCUCUGGGACGUCAGCGAAGACGCGAAGUACCAGAGGCAAGCUGCAACGCGGGCCGCGGCACGGGUGGCCUUCCAUGAGAGCCAAACUGAUAGUCGUCUCCGCAAAGCUCUUCUUCAGCGGACCAGAGUAGCUUCGAGACCAAUGGAGGUGGGAGAGAGCGUGCACUUCUGGCACAAACCCAAGAAUCGAAGGCGGGGAUGCUGGUCCGGACCAGCUGUUAUUGUCGGCAAAGAAGGCGGCAACUACUGGGUCUCAAAGGGAGGAAGGUGCCGAUUAACUUCGGCCGAGCACCUCCGUCCCACAACUGCUGAGGAAGUCGGUGCUCUACUGUCGAUGCGGAACACCCAGCGAGAAGUUGAGCGACUUCUCGAUCAUGAUCCUGACGGGGACGAGGCCUACGAGGAGGACGCCGACUUCGCCGACGACAUGAGCUGGCACGAGGACAACGAGGACGGAGAGCUCGAGGACUACCUCAUCCCUUCCGGAGAUGAAGCACCUGUGCUCGAUGCCUACCAGGAAGGAGAAGUUCCGGAGCCUCCCCCACGGCGACUCAAGCGGAAGACGGCGGCGGCUGAGCUCAACCCGAGCCCGAGCCGCUAUGAGGCGAUGAUGCUCAAGACCCAGCUGACCACCCGUGGCCUCGAGAAGCGUAAGGAGAAGGAGUUGAAAUGGACGGAGAUCCCCGAGGAAGUUCGUCACAAGUUUCGAGAAGCUGAACAAACUCAAUGGCAUGAGCACUUGGCAUACGACGCCCUGGAGCCGUCGUCACUCGAGGACAGCAUGCGGAUCAAGAGCGAGAUCCCUCCGGAGAGAGUGCUCCGGUGUCGUUGGGCUUACAAGGACAAGAACUACGCGAAGCGUCGUCAAGGCGAACAAGUGCCAUGGAAGUGUAAGUCAAGGUUGGUCAUUGCAGGUCACACUGACCCAGACUUGACAGAUGAUUCCAUGCACCUAUCUACGGACGCGCCGACUUUGUCGCGGAGCGGACUCGCAUGCAUGUUGCAGCGCACAGCCGACGGGCUACAUGAAGGAAACCCAUGGACCUUGGCUGCAGGAGACAUUAGGUGCGCCUUCUUGACCGGAAGCUACCUCACCCGCGAGCUCUUCAUGCACCAACCAAAGACGGGGUUCCCAGGUAUGGUUCCCGGCCAGUUGGUCCGCAUAAAGAAGAACGUGUUCGGACUGGCUACUAGCCCGCAUACCUGGUGGCAGGACCUACAGGAUGGCAUCCGGAAGCUCGAGAUCAACUACGACCACGAAGGAAGGCAAGGUACCUGGAAGUUCGAUCAGAGCCCUAUGGACCCAUGCGUCUUCAUGCUACGCGAAUGGCGAGACGAAGGGUUCGUUGGCAAGCCGAUUGCCUACCUCGGCUGCCAUGUCGACGACUUGUUGAUCGCCGCGUCCCGGCGACUACAGUCCCUCAUUCAGAAGGGCCUGUCCGAGAUCUUCCCCAUCGAGACCUGGGAGGCCGAUGAGUUCGAGUUCCUCGGCUCCAAGAUCAGCGUCAAGGACGGUGUUGUGCGGAUGAACCAGGAAAAGUACGCGGAGACCCGGCUCUUCACUCUGGACAUCCCCACCGGCGUCGACGAAAGCGAUCUCGCCCCCACAGAGCUGGUGAGCGACAACAGAAGCCUCAUAGGGGCGUUGUCAUGGAUGAGCGCACAAACGCGCCCGGACCUCACCUGCUCAGUGAGCAUGGCGCAGCAGCUGCAGAAAGCCCCCACUUAUGGGGACCUCAAGUUCACCAACACCAUUGCUGCCAAGGCUUUCCAGUUUCGCGAUCACGGCCUCGAGUUCAAGGCGAUCCCCGAAGGCCACCUUAUGCUCGUCGUCUACCAUGAUGCUGCCUGGGCCAACGUCCCUGACCCGGACCCGGACGAGAACUGGUACAUCCUCACUCCGGAAGAAGAUCAAGCGGGACGACAGCGCGAAGGCCCGUACACCGGAGGAGCGACAAGACGAGCAAAGAAGGGCAACUCCAAGGUUGCCUCACAACUUGGCGUGUUGGUGACCUUCACCGACAGAGCCGCUCUCGCCGGCAGGCCCGGCAACAGCAACGUCGGGGACUGGCGCUCCAGAGCCGGGCAAAGAAUCUGCAGGAGCACUUUCGGCGCAGAGACACAAGCUUGCGCCGAAGGGCUAGAGACGGCCCAAUAUCUGCGGUCCAUGUACGAGACCAUGAUCCAGGGCCGCAUGAUCACCGUCGAGACAGCCGUGCUCCCUAUCCUAUGCCUGAGCGACUGCCGCUCCCUCUACGACCACCUCAAUCGCCAAGGAAUCCCGCGUGUGCCCAGUGACAAAAGGCUUGCCGUGGACCUCGCAGCCCUACGUCAAGGUCUGA